UUGGGGACGUGCUGUGGUUCCAGACCUUGCAGCCGCUCAGGUUCCCCAGCUGCCCCUCCCUCCAGUUCUUGGGUUGAAAAUGCCUGCCCUUCACAUUGAAGAUUUGCCAGAGAAGGAGAAACUGAAGCUCGAAGUAGAACAACUCCGCAAAGAAGUAAAGUUGCAGAGACAACAGGUGUCUAAAUGUUCUGAAGAAAUAAAGAACUAUAUUGAAGAACGUUCUGGAGAGGAUCCUCUGGUUAAAGGAAUCCCAGAAGACAAGAAUCCCUUUAAAGAAAAAGGCAGCUGUGUUAUUUCAUAA